GCGGGGCUUGUCCCCAGGGCUGUGCCGCGCCGCGUGUGCAGCCACGUGGAGGAGGAGCUGCGGUGCAGGUUGAGAGGUGCCAACAGCCCGUGCCCGGGGACGCGGGAGAGCCGGGCUGGGAACGGGGCGUGGUGGGCAGCGGUCACCCAGGCUGCGUUUCAUGGCACCUUGACGGUGUCCCCCUUCGGGGGGGGUGUUUGCCCCGCAGCAGUUGUCAUUAGAGCCACCUUGCUGGCUUUGGUGCCCCCGCCUUGUCCCGAGGACGACGCUUUGGGGCAGGACGAGGGAUGCUGGCACCAGCGCUGGGGACGGGGAGCCGCAGCCGGGGAUGCUCGGCGCAGGGUUGCACGGAGCCUCUGGAGGGACCUUCCCCUCUCGCUGCAGGGGAAGUGCUGACUCCAAAACGGCUGUGAGGUCUUCGCCGUGGGGUUUCCCAGCUCUCUCUCGAGUGAUAGCAAAACCCAGAUACUCUACUUGCGAAAAAUCCCUGCUCCUUGUACUCCUCCACGGCGUGGGUGGUGGGGCGGCGAGUGGUGACUGUGCUGUGCCGAGUACAGUAAAGCGUCCCCGUCAGCUGGGAAAUGACUUUCUGGUUUGCAAGGAAUUACUGUAAGCCGGUCUGGGCUCGACGGACUUCGCGGCAGCCCCGGGGAGCUGGCGGGAGCGCGGGCACGGGCAGGACGGCGUGGGGGUUGAGCAGGAUCGCCCUCCCCUCGGCAUCCCCUGCGUGCCUGCGCUGAGGGCCAUGGACCUUCUGCCCGGCCACCGGCUUCCCACCGUGCGGGUGCUGCCCUUGGAGCAGCCUCCGCAUUACGUGUCCAAUGCACCGCGGCGGUGCCGACGCAGGGCUACGGGUGCUGGGGGACGGAGGCAGGGGCUCGCCGGUCCCCGCCUCACCGGGGUGGCUUGGGGCUCGCGCAGGCAGCUCCGGCCUGGGAAGCCUGUGCCGGCUGCUGGCUCCGGGGCUCCAGCAUGCCCUGGGAGAAGUAGCCUCGACAGCUGUAAUGUUUCUGUGGCAUGCCUUUCCUUUCAUGGGGUGUCUAUUUUGCAACCCCGAAGUGUUUUGAUCCCGGAGGAAGGGGGCGGGUGUUUACCCUGGCACCGCGUGGCCGGCGCAGGGAUCCAAGCGGGCUGGGCAUGCCCGAAUUCUACACGCAGCAACAGUUCUAGCAACAUCUGCUGGCUGAUAAAAGGUAGGCUGCCGUGAACCGCUUCUCCCGCCGCGUUGGGAAAUGUCGAGGGGGAGGCACACAUGCGAACACGGCUUCCUGGCCGAUAGGGCUGAGCUGACUUGCUGAUAAAGCAGAAUCCACCCAUCUGGCUGCCCCAGAGGGGCCGGGAGCGCUGGCUGUCGCUUCUCGCCCCGCGUUUCCCUUGGUGCCGGCUCCUGCUUCCCGUCAGGCUGGGGAGCGAUGUGCUGCCGGGUGGCUCCUGGCCAGGCUGGGGUGGCCGCAGUGGCGGAGGCGAACCGUGCCAUGGUCACCACUCGCUCCCUGUUCAGUCACUGGUGGUGAGCCAUGGCGGUGUGGAUCCAGGCGCAGCAGCUCCAGGGCGAAGCCCUGCGGCAGAUGCAGGCGCUCUACGGGCAGCACUUUCCCAUCGAGGUGCGGCACUACCUGUCGCAGUGGAUCGAGAGCCAGGCAUGGGACUCCAUCGACCUCGACAACCCCCAGGAGAACGUGAAGGCGACGCAGCUGCUGGAGGGGCUGAUCCAGGAGCUGCAGAAGAAGGCGGACCACCAAGUGGGCGAAGACGGCUUCCUGCUGAAGAUCAAGCUGGGCCACUACGCCACGCAGCUGCAGAACACGUACGACCGGUGCCCCAUGGAGCUGGUGCGCUGCAUCCGGCACAUCCUCUACCACGAGCAGCGGCUGGUGCGGGAGGCCAACAACAGCCCCUCGCCGGCCGGCUCCCUGGUGGACGCCAUGUCCCAGAAGCACCUGCAGAUCAACCAGACCUUCGAGGAGCUGCGGCUCAUCACGCAGGACUCGGAGAACGAGCUCAAGAAGCUGCAGCAGACGCAGGAGUACUUCAUCAUCCAGUACCAGGAGAACAUGCGCCUCCAAGCCCAGUUCUCCCAGCUCUCCCAGCUGGGUCCCCAGGAGCGCCUGUCGCGGGAGACGACGCUGCAGCAGAAGAAGGCAUCGCUGGAGGCCUGGCUGCACCGGGAAGCCCAGACACUACAGCAGUACCGCGUGGACCUGGCUGAGAAGCACCAGAAGACGCUGCAGCUGCUGCGCAAACAACAAACGACCAUCCUGGAUGACGAGCUGAUCCAGUGGAAGCGUCGGCAGCAGCUGGCGGGGAACGGGGGCCCCCCCGAGGGCACCCUGGACGUGCUGCAGACCUGGUGCGAGAAGCUGGCGGAGAUCAUCUGGCAGAACCGGCAGCAGAUCCGCCGGGCCGAGCACUUGUGCCAGCAGCUGCCCAUCUCGGGCCCGGUGGAGGAGAUGCUGUCGGAGCUGAACGGCACCAUCACCGACAUCAUCUCCGCCCUGGUGACCAGUACCUUCAUCAUCGAGAAGCAGCCCCCCCAAGUGCUGAAGACACAGACCAAGUUUGCGGCCACCGUGCGGCUCCUGGUGGGGGGGAAGCUGAACGUGCACAUGAACCCCCCCCAGGUGAAGGCCACCAUCAUCAGCGAGCAGCAAGCCAAAGCCCUGCUGAAGAACGAGAGCACCCGCAAUGAGAGCAGCGGGGAGAUCCUCAACAACUGCUGCGUGAUGGAGUAUCACCAGGCCACCGGCAUGCUCAGUGCCCACUUCCGCAACAUGUCCCUGAAGCGGAUCAAGCGCUCGGACCGCCGCGGGGCCGAGUCGGUGACGGAGGAGAAGUUCACUAUCCUCUUCGAGUCGCAGUUCAGUGUUGGCGGCAACGAGCUGGUCUUCCAGGUGAAGACGCUGUCCCUGCCAGUGGUGGUGAUCGUGCACGGGAGCCAGGACAACAACGCCACGGCCACCGUGCUCUGGGACAACGCCUUCGCCGAGCCCGGCCGCGUCCCCUUCGCCGUGCCCGACAAGGUGCAGUGGCCGCAGCUCUGCGAGGCGCUCAACAUGAAGUUCAAGGCGGAGGUGCAGAGCAGCCGCGGGCUGACCAAGGAGAACCUGGUGUUCCUGGCCCAGAAACUCUUCAACAGCACCAGCUCCCACCUGGAGGACUACAGCAGCACCACGGUGUCCUGGUCCCAGUUCAACCGGGAAAACCUGCCUGGGAGGAAUUACACCUUCUGGCAGUGGUUUGACGGGGUCAUGGAGGUGCUGAAGAAGCAUCUGAAGCCGCACUGGAACGAUGGGGCCAUCCUGGGCUUCGUCAACAAGCAGCAGGCGCACGACCUCCUCAUCAACAAGCCCGACGGGACCUUCCUCCUGCGGUUCAGCGACUCGGAGAUCGGCGGCAUCACCAUCGCGUGGAAGUUUGACUCCUCCGAGAGGAUGUUCUGGAACCUGAUGCCUUUCACCACCAGGGACUUCUCCAUCCGCUCCCUGGCCGACCGCCUCGGGGACCUCAGUUACCUCAUCUAUGUGUUCCCCGACCGGCCCAAGGACGAGGUUUUCUCCAAGUACUACACGCCGGUUCUCUGUGAGUCCACGCCAGCUAAAGCCGUGGAUGGAUACGUGAAGCCACAGAUCAAGCAAGUGGUGCCAGAGUUUGUCAGUGCAUCAGGCGAUUCUGCCCCCGGAGGGGCCACCUACAUGGACCAGGCUCCCUCACCCGCCGUCUGCUCCCAGCCCCAUUACAACAUGUACGCCCAGAACCCCGACGCCGUGCUGGACCCUGAGGGUGACUUCGACCUGGAUGACACCAUGGACGUGGCGAGGCACGUGGAGGAGCUGCUGCGGCGCCCCAUGGACAGUCAGUGGAUCCCCCAUGCCCAGUCGUGACGGGCGGGCGCCCGGCCCCCCGCCCCCAGCGCUGCGGGGACUGUGCUGUGUUCGUGUCUCUGUGCCGGGGGGGGCGGCGGGUGGGCCCUGCCCCGGAGAUUUGCUCUGUGCUGCCCCGAAACGCAGGCUCACGUCCGGCUCUU